AUGAGUCAACAAGCCUUGCUUUCUGCUCAAGACUAUUCCUCCGAUGAUGAUGAUCAAGUGGUGGACCAUCAGCAGCAUCAAUACUCGGGAUUGGGUCUGCUAUCGGAUCCUUCAAUCGUGGUUGCAAGUAGUAGGGAAAAAGAUCUUGAUAGACAACAACAACCACCAUUGGUGAAAGGCAGUUCUGUUCCAACAUUUCAAGAUUUGAAUCAAUCUUCCUCACUUUCUGCACAACAUCAAGAAACUACCACACACUCCGAUCCAGCAGUUUCCUCUCGUUUUCAAGGAAUGUCAUCACAUGCUUCUUCGGGCAAUCAAGAACAAGGUUUUUUGUCCAUUCUAUUGUUUCCCUAUAUGUGUUUCAUGGAAGGAUUCUCGAAAAUGGUUCGAUGGGUGGUAGGAGGAAGGCAUAACGAAUUGAGUCCUUUCAAUUCAUCUUCGAGGCAUCAUUCUUUAGAUGAGAGUGAUGACCUCACUUUGCAAUCAGAAGGAUAUUCACAAGUAUGA